GAAGUAAGCUUCAUAACUCGUGAAAGUAUUGAAGGAAUUUUCUUAAAAUAAAAGUUCGUUAGAUAAAAAGUAUGUUUUAUAGGUGCCCCUUUUUCGUCUUCUGUGGAGGGAUUGUAAAGAUGGUGUUUAUGACUACGACGUGCGCUACAUUGACACGAGCUGCCGCGUUUACAAAUCCGCGCAAGAUUGGAAGGACAACAAUAGCUUACCAAUGCUGAAAUAUUGCUGUCCGAAGUGUCUCGUUUAUUCCUGCUCCGAAUCUUACGUAGAUUGCCCAGACUCUUAUGAAUGUGAUUUCGACGCUGAUAAAGAUGUUGUGUUGGAGUACGACACAUCGCCAGCAUGCAAUCUGUCGGCACGAUUAGGGCGCAUUGGAGAUGUCGUCUUCUCAGCGACAGCCAUAACCGUCGGACUCGCGUCAAUGUUCACUCCCGCUGGGUUCAUUGGUGCGCCCACGCUGUUGACCAUCGGGGUUUCAAGUGGCGUCUAUGGCGCUGGCCGCGCUAUAGGUCGGCUCAUGGAUAAAGGCUCCCACAACGAAUCGUUGAGCGAUCUCGAAAGCAUCCUCUUGUUCCUUGCUAUCGCAGCUUCUCCGUUAAAUGUGCUGACCGGCUUUAUGAACGCGCGUCUUGCCGCAGGUCAGUUAGAUUUUGCUACGGACUUGAAGGCAAUAUUUGAUGGCUGCCGUUAA